AUGUUUCCGACUGCUCAAACUGACUUCGGCUUAAAUAUGCUACGGCAUGCACCGUCCAGCGUCUCUUUGGUGAUGUCGCCGAUCUCUGUGAUUUACGCUUUAAUCAUGCUCCAUGCCGGGUCGAAGGGAACCACGAUGACUGAAAUUAAUUCAGCCAUUUCAAGGGGUCAGGAGCGUAGUCUGACCUUUCCAGGCUUGGGUAAUAUAUAUGUGUGUCAUCGAAUGUUUUCAGAAUCAACAAAUAUGGAGGGAUAUUAUGCAGUGCAAAGGUAUUACUCAGAGCUUCUUGAUCAAAUCAUGAACUCAACAAAUGGCGUGAAGAGCAGGAUAAAUAAUAGUUUUUACCUGAAUGAGAAAUACGAUAUCUUGCCCAACUAUGAGCAAACCCUGAGAACUGCGUACAAAACAAAAAUUGAACGUGUGGAUUUUGAAGAUGCAGAUGAAGCUGCAAAGCAUUUUGAUGAUGCCAUAGCGAAGAUGACUGAGGGAAAAAUUCGCAACAUGCUAAACGAAGAGAAUGUUGAAAAAAAGUUCGCCUUGGAUGUCAAUGCAAAUUAUUUUACGGCUGAAUGGAAGUUCAAGUUUGACAAGAGCUCAAAUUCGAAGGGAACAUUCUAUAGCUCCGGCGGCAACAAACACGAGGUUGUAUACAUGAAUGCUUUCAAUCAGGAGAGGCUUCACGCUGAAGACGACGAUGUUCAAGUUCUUUCUCUUCCUUAUUUGGAUACCUCGUUUGCCCUAAAUAUCUUCUUGCCAAAAAACGGAUUUGGAUUGCACGAAGUUCGAGCGAGACUCACCGGAGAAAGAGUUCAGAGCCUUCUCUCGAAGCUGGAAAAAACCAACAUAUCGGUAACAAUACCGAAGAUGAAGAUUGAGGCAUACUUAAAUCUAGAGGAGGUAAUGAAACGCAUGGGUGUUAUUAAGGCGUCCAGUAGCAACGCUGACCUGACCGAUAUCAAUAGACAAAUUAAGCUCAGAGCCUUCGGUCCUGCUCAUAGAGCCAUAAUUGAGGUUGAUGAGGACGGGACUACAGCAGCAGCUGCUACAUACUUCAAGAGGUUUAAGUCAAAGUCUGUCAUUGUGGGAGGAAGGAGAAAGUUUGAUGCCGUUCAUCCGUUUUUAUUCGUCAUUACCAAGAAUAACAUUCCUUUGUUCAUGGGUCAAUUUGUGUGA